UUUCCUUUCGAUGUCAUUUUUCUAUACAUUUUAAUAAUACGAGUGUCGGCCAUAAUAAUAAUGCAAGAAUUGAAAGUAGUUUUGAAAAAAAGUGAAAACUUAAGCUUCGGAUUUUCGUUAUUGGGCACGGCAGGUCUUCCUCAUGUUAUUUACGAUAUUUGUGAAAAUUCUCCUGCAGCCGAAUGUGGAGAGGUUGAGGCAGGUGAUGUUAUCGUUAAGGUCAAUGGUACCGAUGUGCAUAGAUUUACCACAAAAGAAGUUUUAAAAUGUCUCCGGUUAUCAGAAGAUCCAGUCACAUUAGACUUAAAGCGAGAUCCAAAAAUCAAAGCAAGAGUUCGAAAAUAUCUUGCCCAGUCGAGCAAUUUGCACUACUCCGAUCUAUCCGACAUCGAGCUAAACACGUCAAUAACAUCGUCUCAAAAACUGUCACCAAUAGCAUCAGCGAAACCGCAUGGUCUCUGUCACCGAGUAACGUCGUCCGAUCCGACAUGUCGUCCCUCACGCAUUCCAACAAUUGUCAAAAGUCCCGUACACAAUACAUCCAGAUCGUGUCCGCAAUCGCCACAUGGUCCGAAAAGUAAACUGCCACUAAUCGCAAACGGGACGGGUAACAAUUUGAUAGAAGAGCCGAGUAAACAGGCACGGUUUGAAGCUUACAUAAUGACAGGAGAUGUUAUUUUCAAUUAUUCGAGAACGCCACCAACUCCAGCUUUAGUUACUUCACACAGUAAAAAGGUCGACAGUUUACGAGAUAAUCCAAAACGAAAUACACGACAGAAUGGUGCUGUAGCACCGCACGCUAAAGGUGAAUCCAGUUUAUCUUCGCCGAGUUUUUCGGACAGUAGCGAUUCGGUCAGUUCGAUCAAAAAGUCUAUCGACAAAGACCAUACAAGUGAGCUAAUCAGCAGUAGACUGUUGAGUGAAAAAGACAAUUUAAUUAAAACCGACGUUGAAUCGGGAGGAAGUACAGCCGGUGGUGAUUUUAGUGGUGAUUUAACAAAUGAUUAUAGCGGCUGUGUAUCUUCCUCAUCAUCAAAUUCAAUUAUGAACAAAGAACCCAAUACAAACAAUAGUGAUAUAGUCGAUUGUGCUAAAUUUAGUGUAGACAAAGACAAUAAGUUUAACAAAAGUACGAAAAGUGGACUUAUUGUCCAACAGAACAUUAUAUCUUCGUCGUCUUCAACGUCAACGGUGAAAAGUGAAAAUUUAAGUUCACCGGAUGCAUGUUUCUCAGUGCCUACAUCACCCACCUCCCUUACAACGCCAAUUAUUGAAUCGUUGAGUUUGUUCAAACAAAAGGAUCUACCCAAUUCGGUGCCAACAAGUCCUGAAUCGGGCGCACAGGAAAUUGUAUUACGGCGAAAUCAACAACAGAAUGGUGUGUCGCGACGGAAUGAUUCGGCCGGUUUUCGAACUAGUCGAUCCGAGGAUCAUUUACAGCACACACAGCGGGACAUUUUAGGCGCUGUUGUUCCUAUAGAUAUUGAAGAAGAUGUCAACAGCUCUCUGAACACACUUUUGGACACCAGACAUGAUUCGGAAGAUUCACAGAGCUCCUGCGAUCGAGAUCGUAUAGUUUGGACAUAUAAUGCACCAAUUCAACCGACAACUCAAUCAUCAAAUUCCCAUUCACAUUCACACUCAAGUUCAAUUAGUUCAUCGCCACAACGAUCUGGUAGUCCGGCAUCACCAACUUCCGUGUCUAGUUCCAUAAUGUCUUCAUCGGGAUCGAAAGGUGCUAGUCACAAUAAUAUUGGUAAUACGGCUGCCGUUGCAUUAAACAAUCUAAUGUGUCCGAACGGUGAUCAAAGUAUUUCCGAAGCGGUAUCGAACAUUUCGAGUCCUGAUUAUCAGGACGACGAUAAUUUGCUUAGUUCCAAAGAUAUGACAGGUAUGGCUAUAAGUGAUCCAAGUGAUUCCGAUUCAACAAUAUUGGUGUCCGAUGCUGGUUAUCAGCAGACACGCGGUGAUCGCGAUCGAGAUCAUAAAAUUGUGAUUAAAGUGAAAGGUUUCGAAAACCAAUUGAAUACUCAAGGUUAUACAGAAUUGAAAGAUAGCGAAGACGAACUGGCUACGAUAACGGAAGACGUAGCGACUGUAGUCUUCGGCACGGAUCCGAGAGAAUCGUCGCCGCCGGUUUCAGAUGAUGGCAGCGACGUAGAGUCAUUACAUUCGUAUCAUUAUUCACCGAAAGCGGUGGAUAUUCCGUCGGCUGUACGACUAGCCAAGCGGCUGUAUGGCUUAGACGGUUUUAAGAAAAGCGACGUGUCUAGGCACUUGAGCAAAAACAACGACUUUAGUCGUGUCGUAGCUGAUGAAUAUUUGAAGUAUUUUAACUUCGAAAAAUCAACAUUGGACGAAUCACUGCGACAGUUUUUGCAACAAUUUUCACUGUCUGGAGAGACUCAGGAGAGAGAACGUGUCUUAGUGCAUUUUUCUCGAAGAUAUUUAGACUGCAAUCCUGGUACAUACAAUUCGCAAGACGCUGUACAUACACUGACUUGCGCUAUUAUGCUACUGAAUACUGAUUUGCAUGGUCAAAAUAUUGGACGAAAAAUGACGUGUGCCGAAUUCAUCGACAAUUUGGCAGAACUGAAUGAUGGCGAAAACUUUCCAAAGGAUGUUCUGAAAUAUCUGUAUCAGGCUAUUAAAAAUCAUCGGCUGGAAUGGGCUCUUGACGAUGAUUCACCUGAACAAAAAUCACGAACUGACGGAAACAGUAUUCAAGGACCACCCGUUGGUCCGAAUCCAUUUUUAGAAACUCCACUAAAUGCAGCUGCAAUUGAAUACAAAAAGGGUUAUGUGAUGCGAAAAUGUUGCUACGAUUCGAAUAACAAAAAGAGUUGUUGUGGUUUAUUUUCAGCCCCGUUUGGAAAACGAUCGUGGAAGAUGUUUUACUGCACACUACGAGAUUUGGUUUUGUAUUUGCACAAGGAUGAGCAUGGAUUUAAAAAGAAUCAAAUGUCCGACAAUGUGCACAAUGCAAUUCGUAUUCACCAUGCACUGGCAACGAAAGCGGCUGACUACAAGAAGAAACAACAUGUUUUCCGACUGCAAACGGCCGAUCAAUCAGAGUAUUUAUUUCAAACCAGCGAUUCGAAAGAGCUACAAUCGUGGAUUGAUACGAUCAAUUUUGUGUGUGCUUCGUUUUCGGCUCCGCCACUGGAAGGCGGUGUGGGCAGUCAGAAGCGAUUUCAGCGACCGCUGUUACCCAGUUCUCAUACAAAGUUAUUAAUGAGAGACCAAUUGGCUACACAUGAGGAAAAAGUGUCACAGCUCGAAGCCAAUUUGGCUGAUCAUAAACGAGCGCAAGUUCCAAAUAAAGGUUUGCCGUUGCAAAACCACAAGGAGAAGGAAGCUUAUUUACAAUAUGAGCUGAAGCGCUACAAAACCUACGUAUACAUUCUAAGUUCCCGUCUGCUCGAAGACGAACAGGCCGAAUAUCAAAACGCUUUACUAGCUGGAAACGACGAAACGACGUGCAGUUAUCAACAGUUGUCAACUGGAAAUGUGAUUGUGAACAAUAUGCCGCAACAGCUAAAUCAAACGUCAAACAGAUGUGACCUACGUGAAACACCUUCGUGAGAUCCGACCAGUCGUUAUUCAUACAACAGUGAUGAUGAUACUAGUGAAAGUGAUACAAGAGGUUUACACUUUCUACUUUGUUGUAUAAUUUGAAAUUGUGUCGAUUUGUCACCCCAACCAUUUUUGAAAAGGCUAUACUCGACUCGAUGGUGUUUUUUUCGUUGUUUUUUUCGAUUUUUUUUUUGUUCAGAGAUUUAUCUUUUCCUAAUCAUAUAUAGGUUUGUUUUUUGGUAUUAUGCGGAAUGCAUUUCGGAGUCACGCGACCACAUAAUGAAAUCUAUCGAAAGACAAAUAAAAUGAUGAAGAAGAAAACAGGAAGAAAAGUAUGAAAAGAUAAAUUUUACCAUUUUAUCAUUUAACAAAAAAAAAACAAUUCUAUGGAAAAGAAAAUUUAAAAUUUGAUAUUACAAACAAACAAAAAACAAUGUGCAUUGGAAUAUUCCACUUCUUUUUUUUUAUAAAAGUAAAAGUUUUCAUAAAAUUAAAACAAAAAGUUAAUGGAAUAAUAAACAAGAAAAAAAAUUAAUAUAAAAAAUGAAGAUAAAAAUAAUUAAUUAAAAAAAAUUGUUAAACAUUUAAGAGAACAUAAAAGGAUGAGAUAAGAUUGAGAGAUAAAAAAUGUAUUAUAAUAUAUACAGAAUAGUUACUAGUUAUAUAUAAUAACACAUACGAUGGCUUAAAAAUGAAAUGCCUGCCAAAUGGAUUAGUAUAUUUAAACAAAAAAAGGAAAUGAAGAAAAACAUAAAAAAGGAAAAACAUAAAUUUGAUCUUCCUUAAAAAACAUUAAAAACAAAAAGUUUUUUCUCGUAAGAAUUAUUACUCUUGAAUAUGUAUAUUACGGACCGGAUUCUUCACCUGUUUUUGUUUGUUUUUUUAAUUCCUUUUUUUAUUUAUUUUUAUUUUUUUUUGAAGAAAAAAUGAUUUUAUUUACACACUUAAAUGACCUUGAUGAAUUUUAUGAUUUUACAGGACUUUUGUUUAGUAAACAACAACGAUUUUAUCUAAAAAGAAAUUAUUAUUUUUUGUAAAAUGUGUCGCUUACAGUAUCUAUAAUAUAAAACGUGUGUUUGAAAUUUUAAUUAUAAGAUGUUAACAUAACUUUUCGGGCCCCUCGGCACUGGCCCGCAUCGGGCGAUAAACCUCUCGAUAUUUUUUCUGAUACCCGACGCCCCCAAGACGAUAAAAAA